AUGCCUAUCCGCGAACCUCGUUUUAACCAGGAGAAGCUCACCAUGUCUCCUCCGAGCAUGAAGCCCUGGAAAAUGUCGCCGCCCUCGAUGUCUCCUCUUCACAUGACCCCACCGAAUAUGUUGCUACCUAAUUUCUCCCCUCCACAAUUUAAAUUGCCCACACUCUCAGCAUCAAUCUAUUUCCCACCACAAACGUUAUUCGAAGAGGAUCUUGAAUGUCCGCCUUCCAUUGCGAGAUUCUCACUGGAUGACCCAACGGUUUGUGUUAUUGGUGCUUAUGCAGAAGAUACAGAGGGGGAUCCUGUCAAUCCACAAAACGCGCUGGGAGAAAAGGGAAGAAUUUACCUAGCUAGGGUAAUGGAUCUGGAAGGGGAGGUUAGAGGAGAUGCAGCUUUCCCCCCAGAUCCACCGAGGAAAAAGAUUAUUCCGAAUAUGAUAAUUGCAGAUGAUAUUGAGACUCCAGGAGGAAUAAUUGACCUCUGCUGGUCAACCAGCGAUCCAGACCUCCUUAUCGCAACGACGACUACAAGUGAGGUAUUAAUUCUUCAGGUUACUGUCGGAAAUCGUCCGUAUUCUUCACGAAUCGACCUUCUUUCUUCCCAUCGAAUUUCUGACCCUAGCAAUUUGGUUGUUUGUGUCGCUUUCUCGCCCGCCCAGAAUGAUAUCGUUGCAGCUGGGUUAAGCGAUGGUUCGGUAGCUAUUUUCUCGCUUCCGGAAGAAUUGGAAGAGGAUAAUCAAAUCGAAGUCAUUCGUACUUGGCGCCCUUAUGGCGAAGAUCCAAUUUUGACUCUUUGCUUUUCAAAUGAUGGGAAGGAGUUGUAUGUUGGAGACAAUAAGGCAAAGGUGUCCUGCUGGAAGAUCGGAAAGGAUGGAAACAAGAAGCCGGAUAUGCAAUGGGUAGACGACUCGACAUUUAAAGACGGCGAUUGCGUUACAAAGCUCAUCGCAUGGCCGACUGAGCGGUCGCCAAAGAACACCAUACCCCGUAGAAGGCCGCUUCUUCUUGUUGGUGGACUGGAUGGUAAUCUUCGCAUUACGGAUUUAACGGAAAAGCAAGUCAUUCCACCCCCACUAACCCAAGAAAAGAGUAUAUUUGACCAGACUGAGAAUGAUCCCGAUGGUGGGAUAUGGGAUUUGGCACUUCUCCCACCGAUACCGAGGAAAUCACAGUUGGAGGAUAUUGACGUGGGCGUUUUUACGCCCGAAGAUCACCCAAAGAUCCCAACAGAUCCUGAUGAGAAUGGUGUUCUAGUCUCUUGCAUGGAGGCUGGCGCAAGGGUAUUCGUCCAGCGGGAGGAAUUUAUGGAAGUUUUCAUUCGUGAUCCUGAAAAGACAAAGGAUAAAGACGAAGAAGAGCUAGAUGAGGAAAAGGGAGUUGAAAAAGACUGGUUCAACCGAGAGAGACCAUUCGAAUGGUAUAAUGUGGCACGCUUUCAGGAGCAUAAGGGAAAAUGUUAUUCCGGCACGGCAGUUGCUUUCGUGGACUGGGAUCCCAUAUUCAAGGAGAGUGGAGAGCAAAGGAAGAGGAGAGGUUGGAGACUUAUGACGACUAGCUUUGAGGAUAGGAAGGUUCAUAUCUGGCAAGUCUUUGCUGACUAG